AUGGUCGCAAUCACAGGGACAGUCAGACAGCCUGACGCCGUACACGAGGAAAGCGAUCAUGUAGAUGAGACUACAGCUCUCCUAGGGUCCAGCAAGAUCAAGUAUGCUGACGUGCCCGCACCAGACACGCUGGACAGUUCGCCAGGGUCAGAUGAUGACAAUGACGACGAGAAAAAGCCCUUGCCCAAGUUCCAGAUCCUGUUGCUCUGCUAUGCACGCGUAGUUGAGCCCCUGGCAUUCUUCUCCAUCUUCCCCUAUGUCAGCCAGAUGGUGCAGGACAACGGAGCCGUGGCAGACUCGGACAUCGGCUUCUACAGUGGACUCAUCGAGUCUAUGUUCUCCCUGACACAGGCCAUUGUCAUGAUAUUCUGGGGCCGAGCAGCCGACCGCCUCGGCCGCAAGCCCGUCCUGGUCUCGUCCUUGUUCGGCGUGGCCGUGGCAACAGGCCUCUUUGGCUUUGCAAAGACCAUACCACAGAUGAUCGUGUUUAGGUGUAUUGCUGGCGUCUUUGCUGGAACCACCGUAACCAUCCGUACUAUGGUGGCUGAGCACAGCACGCCUAGUACACAGGCCCGGGCGUUCAGCUGGUUCGCUUUCAGUGGGAACUUGGGCCUUUUCCUCGGGCCUGUAUUGGGCGGUGCACUUGCUGACCCAGUACGACUAUACCCUGGUGUUUUCGAGGCUUCCGGAUUCUUUGAGAAAUAUCCUUACGCGCUCUCGAGCUUGGUGGUGGGGUUGAUCGGAGCCACAGCUGCCGUGUCCAACGCCUGCUUCAUUGAAGAAACGCUGAAGAAGGAGCCGGUUACAGCGGGCCAUGAUAGCGAGGAGGCGGCAUCUGAUGCGCCGACCCAGAGCGGUGACCUAUCGACAUGGCAGCUUCUCAAAUCGCCAGGGGUUGGUAUGGUCCUAUACACGUAUGGGUAUCUCAUGGUCCUCGCCUUCGCUUACACGGCGAUCAUUCCUGUCUUUUGGUUCACUCCAGUAUACCUCGGAGGGUAUGACUUCACGGCUCUGCAAAUUUCGUUGAUGAUGGGUCUAAAUGGUGCCGCACAAGCUGCAUGGCUCCUCCUAGUGUUCCCCCCAUUGCAGAAGAAAAUAGGGUCGAAUAGAGUGAUAUAUCUCUGCGCUCUUGUCUAUCCGUUAUUCUUCUUAUCCUGCCCUCUUGGCAAUGUACUUCUGCGGAUGGGCACAGACGGAUCGGUUAAAGCCUUUUGGAUUGUCUUGCCAAUCGGGCUGGUGAUCGGCUGCGGAGUUAGCAUGAGCUUCACGGCGAUCCAGCUCGUCUUGAACGACGUCGCGCCCUCGCCGAAGGUACUAGGCACGCUAAAUGCGCUGGCUAUGACUGGUAUAUGCGCUCUGAGAGCCUUCUGCCCUGCUUUCUUCACUACCCUCUUCGCUCUGGGGGCGAGGACACAGCUGGCUGGGGGCCAUGCCAUCUGGAUACUCAUGCUCAUACUUUCUUCGGGCUUAUCGUUUACAACAAAAUAUCUGCCGGAGCCCAAGGCCGUCGGCAAGCGCCAGAACAGCCAAACGAGGGGAUGA